AAUAGUACGGUGGGUUAAUUAGGCUUGCUGUCUAUUGCUAUCUUGCUCUGACUCAGACUCACUUUCAGUAAUUGUUAUUGUUUCAGUGGCACCAGAGAAAGUAGUGCAAGUCCUUGAAUGAUCUGGGCUUUUACAACUUGAAAUAGCCUAGAAAUGUAGCCUUGACUCAUCACUAAGGGUAGCAGUAUUUGCAGCAACCUACUGCUCGUUUUUUAAAGAAGCUGCACCACUUAGCUGGACUCCAACCAGAAAAUAUAAAAUACAUCUCUCUAGAGACACAUGGUACAUUCUCUACUCCAACCAGUAACAUCAACGUAUUGUAUUUGGAUCAAGACUUCUGAAGGUUCAAGAAAUUGUCUAGCUCAAAUAAUAGCAAGUUACAGUGUUUUGCAGUAGUAUAUUAUCAAUUUUUGAUAAUAUUGAGCGAUACAAUACCAAGGCACUGGCAAAAUUUCAUUGGUGUAUUUUACUAUUACUUUCACAGUUUAGAACACAUUAUUGAUGAAUCAACUGUUCGUUCCUUGUGGCCGAUUAGCCGUUUAAGACUUUGCCAAUACGUGAUCGUAAUAGUAAAGGUAUUGGUUUUAUAAUUGACUAAAUCAACUAGUGACGUAAAAAACAAUGGUAUGACACCACAGAGAGUAACGGAGGAAGUCACUACCAAGCUACUCAAGCUGGUGCCUCAAAAUUUUCCUAGCAAUAUCGAAACAAUGAAGGCUUCUUCUUCCUCUAAUUCCAUUACUAGUGCAAUCCUGCUACCUAACCAAAAGCGCUCCUCAAAAGACUUUAUUUUUGGCAAGAUUAUUGGCGAAGGCAGCUUCUCUACGGUUUACCUUGCGAAGGACAUUCAUACAAGUCGGGAAUACGCUAUUAAAGUAUGUGACAAGCACCACAUAAUAAAAGAGAAAAAAACGGAGUAUGUAAAGCGCGAGAAAGAAGUUUUAAACAUGCUACUUGGUGCAAAGCACUCGUUCGUCCGGCUGUUCUGCACCUUCCAAGAUGUUGAAAGGCUCUACUUCGUGCUUUCAUAUGCCAAAAAUGGUGAGCUCUUGCCCCACAUUAAAAAAGUCGGUAGUUUUGACAUCGAAUGCACCAAGUUCUAUGCAGCUGAGAUUCUCCGGGGUCUCGAGUACCUCCAUAGCCUUGGUAUCAUCCACCGCGAUCUCAAGCCUGAAAAUAUUCUUCUCGAUGAAAAAAUGCACGUUCUCAUUACUGAUUUUGGUAGUGCUAAAAUUCUUCGUAAUGAACAGCCUGAAGAGUCACCACUUUGGUAUAAACAACAGCUUGGUGAAAGGAAUAAUAAGGAAGAUGAUGCAGCUACAGAGAAUUGCAUCAAUGAAAAUGUUAACGAUGAUAACGACAUUAAGAUCAAGUCUUGGUGUCGACGCAACUCCUUUGUCGGCACAGCUCAGUAUGUCUCUCCCGAACUUCUUACUAGUAAAAUUACGAGUCGUGCCUCAGAUCUUUGGGCGCUUGGCUGUAUUAUCUAUCAAAUGGUAGCCGGCCUUCCACCCUUUCGUGGCUGUAGCGAGUAUCUUAUUUUUCAGGAAAUCCUGGCACUGCACUAUGAGAUACCCGACGGCUUUUGUGAGCUGGCACGCGACCUAGUUUCUCGGCUCCUCGUGCUCGAACCUUCGGAGCGACUUGGUGCCAAUGAUGUCCAGGAUUCUAGUUAUCCAAGUAUCCGGGCACAUUUAUUUUUCAAAGGCGUUGAUUUUGAAACCCUCCAUGAGCAGAGACCACCACCUAUCUAUCCUUACCUUCCUGGUACCAGUGAAAAUGAGGAGAUGCGGUCACACUACCGUGUGCCUAAUUAUCUUGAGCCUGGCCUCGAUGACAAGCAACUAACACGUUUACUAGGCUUAGGCAUCGGUGGAUUGAGCAGCAAUGAUGUCAAGGAUUCAUACCAUCAUCGACAACAAUCCCUGAAACACCAGGCCCAAAGUGAAUGUAAGCAACAUCCACAUUUAAGUCAAGAGGAACGCCUUGAUUUCCGACCUUGUAUGCGUGCCAAUAAGCCAAAGAAUAAGUAUGAUCUGGCCGAUCUUAACAGUGAUGAGUUACGGCAACGACUCAAGGUACAAAAGGCUGACAACCAAUGGGAUAGCUUCGUCACUGGAAAUCUUAUAAUCAAACAAGGAUUUGUUAACAAGCGCAAGGGCCUCUUUUCCCGCAGACGUAUGCUCCUCUUGACCACAGGACCUCAUCUCUAUUACGUAGACCCUGUUAACAUGGUGCUGAAAGGGGAAAUACCCUGGAGCAAAGAGCUCAGAGUUGAACCUAAAAACUUCAAAAUCUUCUUUGUACACACGCCAAAUCGCACAUACUAUCUUGAAGAUCCGGAAGGUUUCGCUCUCGGCUGGUGCCAAGCUAUUGAGGAAAUGAGAGUCUACUACUACGGCAUCGAGGAACCCUCGUCUUAAGCUGGUCAAUAUCAGAUCUUGAAAAAAUGUUACACUACUUUAUUAAUGUUGUAUCGUAAAAAAGUGCGAAAUGGGUAGAAAACUUUUUCUUACGCUUAUGUAUGUUACUACUUCAUGUAUGCACAGAUUUUUAUAGUUUUUACCCCAUAAUAGGUAAUACAGUUUUUCUCCUGUGUGUUGAGAUCCAUGGGUA